GUGUGAGGCUAGGUUUACCUGGCCGCUGGGUGUGGAAUCUGCCGCUCGCUGUGUGUGAGGCUAGGUUUACCUGGCUGCUGGGUGGGCGUGGUCAGUGCGUCAGAGGCGGGAAACACAGAGCAGUCAAACCCUGGCUCUGAGCGCCGAGCUGAGAACUGGAGUCGCCGCGGGACGAGUCCGGUCCGUCAGCCGCCGCUCCCCAGGCUCGGGCACAGGGCGCCAGCUCGGCAGCACAGCCGGUGGCAGGCCAGGCAAAUGACUCCACCAAAGGACCCGACAGAAACAGAAGAGGAACGCAAGGGAGAGACAUGAAAAUGAAACUUUCAAAAGUAAACUUGAAGAAAGCACCAGAAAAGGUUCAAGAUGCCAGCAAGCCUUUCACAGGAAAAAUAUUUUAUCUAGACCUAACAUCCAAAAUAAUAUCAGAAAAGUUGGAAAAGGAUAUCAAAGAGCUCGGAGGGACUGUAGAGGGUUUUCUCAGCAAAGAGAUCAGCUAUUUAAUUACAAAUAAGAAGGAAGCAACAAAUGCCAAAGUCUUAAAGUAUAUGUGUUCUAGAAAACGCCCUCAACCUGCAAAAAACACAGGAGAAAGCUCAAAUCAUCAAAGCUGUAAGAAUUAUUGCCAGGAAGAAAUCACUCCAAAGAAAGCUGAAAAGGGUCUUGUAAGCAGAGGGAAAUCUCUAGUUAAAAAAGCAAUCAAAGAACAGGACUUUCUCCCGGAAAAUAGCAUAUUGUCCAAUGCUUGGAACUGGGGAGUAAAAAUCCUGCACAUUGAAGAAGCAAAACGUUAUAUAGAGGAAAAGAAAAAGGGAUUGCUAAAAGUAAAGAAACCUCAAACACAAUCUGUCAAACCUGUGAGCAAAGGACCAGUACGUCGCAAAAUAAAACCCACAAAACUGCCAAGUCCAUACCUGAAAGUUGAAGACAGCAAAAGCCAGUACAAACCCCAUUACUUGGUGCUACCCAUCUUGCGAUCUUUCCAAAGUCCCAAAACAAAUACUUCCAAUAAAGUGGAUAAAAAAGUCAGUGUUACAACAAAGGUGACUGCAGUUAAGCAAAGUGCUGCCAAGCAUGAUGGUAGAAAUGACCGUUUUAAACUAAAGGAGCAGAAAAAGAGGGGUUAUUGUGAAUGUUGCCUUGAAAAGUAUGACGACUUGGAAUCUCAUGUUUUAACUCAGAAGCACAAUAAUUUUGCAAAGAGCAAUCUUUAUCAAAAUGUUGAUAACCUUAUAGCUGAAUUUGAAUUUGACUUUGUGGACUUGCCAAAAUGUAGAAAUGACCCAAAAAGGAUGAGAAUGCAGAGAUUUAAAGAGCCUAGAAAGAAAGAAGACGACUGCCAAACCAAUUUAAUUUCACAAAUGAAAGAUUUGGAAAACAUGGAAAUAGACAUUAUUCGAGUGGUUAAUUCAGCAGAACAGCUUCCUGGUGUAAACACCAUGCAUAAAACAGGUUGUUGCACAGAACAGAAUACAUCUUGUACUCAUACUGGAUUUGUACCGAACACAAAUUGUGAAAUGAAGUCCAUUUCUUUGCAACCAAUUUGCAAUUCCACACCACCAGUUUGUUUGAAGCCUGGAAUUCCAGUUUCCAUUGAUGAUGAAGAAAUGUUAUGUAUUGUUUACAGUGAAAAUAACCUGUACACAAAUGAAAGACCCGAAAAUGACAUUGAAGUGUUUACUGUGUUGGCACCUAAUGAACUUGAUACAGCUGUACAGAAAUGCUGUCCUGCAUUUAUGGGCAAUGGACAUGAAGAAAAUGCAUCUUUUCUCUCCCCUUCCACGUGUGUUAAAACCUCUGCAUUUCAUCCAGAAACUGCUAAUUUAUCAGACAGGACUCCACAUAAACUUCCAUUAGAGACAAAUACAGAGUAUGAGAAAUCUGAGCAAACAUAUCUUUUAAAACUACCAGACAACCCCUCCAACCAUCAGUCUGACGGUUCAUCUUCUAGCAGACUGCACAGAAAAGUUAAAAUGUUAAAGAGAAACCGAAAAAUAGAGGACAGGCACAGCACACUUGAGUACAAGGUGUCUAUUCCACAGGAGCUGGGUCUAAGUUUACAGCAUGAGAGCCUGUUGGCAUUAUUUGAAUCCAGCAAGGAGGAUUAUGAGUUCUUUGGGUUUACUUGUGGUUCUAUGAAUGUUUCCUCAAAAACUGUAGAUAAUCAAGAUUCAUCAGAAAGGCUGUGGUGUCUAUUCUCACACACAAGCUCCUCUUGCUGUACAUUUGAUGGGUUUUAAUUUUUUUUUUUAAAGAAGGGACUUUUAUUAAAUGUAAUUAUAUUUCACAUUUUAUUUUUCAUAGCAAUAUGUAUUUUUUUUUUAAUGACUACAAUAUGCAGAU